UAAAAAGAAAAUUGAAAACAAAAAAAUUCUCUUUACAUUUAAAAGGAUUUUGCUUUCUAAUUGUUUCAAUUCUGUUAAAUUUGAUUAUUUUUCUUUUCCAAUCAUGGGUCGUAUUCAUUUAGAACAUAUGGGAGGUGAAAGGUUAUUCUCAUGUGCUUCUUGUGACACCGUUUUGACUAAUAAAAAGGAAUUGGCCUCAACCCGAUUUACAGGAUCCACUGGACGUGCUUAUCUAUUUAAGAAAGCAGUUAAUCUUACCUACAGUGAAAUUCAGGAACGAGCCAUGUUAACUGGAAGACAUAAAGUUCGAGAUAUUUCCUGUAAGAAUUGUGACAACAAGCUUGGAUGGAUUUAUGAGUUUGCUAAUGAAGAAGCUCAAAGAUAUAAAGAGGGUCAAGUUAUUUUGGAAAGAGCUUUGGUCAUUGAAUCUGAUGGAUUUGAGGAGCAUCCACCUCCAUCUUCAGAAUAAUCAUAAUUACAUAUAUAAAUAUGCAAAUAUUUCUAUCAUUUCUACUAUCUCUAUCAUAAUCACUUUAAAAUAAUCAUUCAUUCAUAAAUCAGUGAGUGUAUUGUUAGUCUGUGAACCUUUUCAUCUCUGAUUAAUCCAUUGAGUCAACUUACAACUAUUAGUCUGCUUAUUUUCCCUUUAAUCUACACAAACACACACACAAUCAUACACAAAAUUAACCAAAUCAAAAUUGAUCUGUUAAUAGCAUCUACAUAUUCUAUGAAAAUAUUAAUCUAUAAUUAAAACAUCACAAUAUUUACAAAGAUUAA